CUCAUUCAUUAUUCCCAUACAUUUUAAAACUUUCUUAUACAAUUUUUUGAAAAUAUAAUUAAGCUGGCUAUCUCAACUUUCAUGGCUGCUCCUACUGCCAAUCUCUCUGCUGCUCUUCCUCGAGUUCUCAUCGUUUCUCGACGAACUGUUCGUAAGAACAAGUUCGUCGAUUUCGUUGGUGAAUACCAUUUAGAUCUGAUAGUGAAAUAUGGGGCAGUACCCGUCAUAGUACCCCGAGUUACGGGCAUUCAUAAACUAUUAGAGAGCUUUGAACCUAUACAUGGUGUACUACUAUGUGAAGGUGAAGAUAUUGAUCCUUCCCUCUAUGAAUCCGACUUGAACUCCGGUGAGCUUUCACCGGAGGACAUUAAAGAGAUCCGAUGUCUACAUGCUAGCGACACUGCUAUCGACAAGGAAAAAGACUCGAUUGAGCUUAGGCUUGCCAAACAUUGUCUCGAUCACAACAUACCUUAUUUAGGCAUUUGUCGUGGUUCUCAGGUACUAAAUGUAGCUUGUGGUGGAACUCUCUACCAAGAUGUAGACAAAGAGCUUGCUAGAAAGGUACCAAAAGAGCAAAGAGUGGCCCAUAUUAACUACAACAAUUAUGAUGAUCAUAGACAUGUAAUUAGGGUAUUGGAAAAGACCCCAUUGCACAAUUGGUUUAAGGACACAUUAGAGACACAAAGGAAAUUUGAGAUCCUUGUUAAUAGCUACCAUCAUCAAGGUAUUAAACUUUUGGCUCAAAGGUUUGUCCCCAUGGCGUUCGCCCCGGACGGGUUGGUCGAGGGGUUUUAUGAUCCAAAUACCUAUGAUCCGGCAGAGGGCAAGUUUAUUAUGGGUCUACAAUUCCAUCCUGAACGAAUGAGACAGCCUAAAUCAAAUGAAUUUGAUUAUCCGGGCUGUCCAAAUGCUUAUCAGGAGUUUGUGAAGGCCGCGAUUGCAUACCAGAAAAAGGUUAAUAAUAAUAAUUCAAGAAUUUCUCCUAAAAUAAGAAAAUUGGACCAAGCUAUGGAAAAGAAAAGGAGAAUUAUCAUGAGAAAUUUUUCACUUACCAAAGAUUUAAACUCUACAAGGAAUGGAUUUAAUCCUUCUAAACAAUCCAAUCUCAAACUUGGACAAGAUUUUCUUGAGUCUAACGCAGUGCUAAGUGAACAACAAGAAACAAGAAUGAUUGAAGUAGGAGCUACAAUAAGAAAUGCAUAUACAUACUUUGACAAGUUAAAGGUUCAAGAAGAAAAAGAAAUUUUAGCAAGGAAAAUUAUGGAGAAAAUGUCGGUGGAACAGCUAAGUGACCUUAUGGCCUUUUACUACACCAUGGGCCAAACUUGUUCUGAGGUCUUGGAAAGAAAACUCUUUACAAAUGUAAAUAAUGUUGAAUUGAAACCAUCAAAUCAAUUCUAAAUUUCUAGGGUUUCUCUCUUUCUUGGCUUGUAAGGAAAGUAAAAGCAAAAAAAAAAAAAAUUGGAGUAUUUUUGGUUAUUUUAGUGCAUAGUAGUUGUUGCUAAUGUUCGUUUGCUGUGUCAGAUAAGUCAUUUUGUCAUAUAUAUAUAAAUAACGUAAAAAGAAA